CUGAAUAGUUUUUCAGAUUUGGCUUUAUCCAAAAAUGACUGCUGCUGCUGUUAUGUUCACUUUGAACUUGUCGGGAGAUGAAGUGCAACGACUGAGCACAAUGAGUGAAAAGUGUGUUUAUUCAGUGUGUACAUUAGAUCAAAAUGACAUCUCGGGUUGUUUCGAAUUGGGUCAGCUCAUCGCAGAAAAUACCAGUAUGAAUAAUAAAGCCGCUGUAAAACGAAAGUUAAAAGAAAGCCCGUCCAAAAUGGGUAUUCAACCUAAACAAUUCAUACCCCCUAUUCCUAAAACUAGCAACACUCAGGAACCCUCGCCUCAACUAGUUCAGUCGGGAUCCUUAGGCGCAGUUACUUUCGGAAGAGACGUCAACGGAUACUUCGUAUGUCCUAUUCCUGGUUGCUCCAAAGCUUUCGGGGAACACGGAGGAGCGAAGCGUCAUUAUUCUACGAAUCAUUCAGGAAUCGAAUUCAAAUGUCAGAUAUGCGAACAAAAGUUCAACCGAAAGGAUAACUUGAAGAGACAUGCUAUGCAGAAACAUAAUUUGAAUGAAAUCAUGGCCAACGCAAUGCUGUAUCAAUCUUGAUUGAGUUUGAAAGUGUCUAGAGUAAAAGAUUUCAAUUUGAGGGGAGCAUACGUUGAUUUUCAUUCCUUGUCCUUUUAGAUUUGUUAUUUUAGUUUCUUGGCAAAUUUUCCAUUUACAUUGGUUUCAUUUUGUGUUUUAAAACUUAUAGUUAUACUCUUAUUUUUGUAUUCUAAGGUUUUGUCCCCGAAUUUAAGUUUCUAAGUCUUUUUUGGGACUUUGUUCCAUAUCAAUCAGAGUGUUUUUAGUUAUGAUCGUCAACUUUGCCGAAAAGUUUGGUGUCAAUGAUCUUUUAGUCGACUAAAGUCUUAAACCUAUUUUAGAAAGUGUUUCAGUUGCGUCGAUCCGUGUGUAAAAUUAAACGAGCUGAGUUUUGAUUAUUUAAUAUACACUUUGACUGAAGUUUCUGGCUAGUUUUUCAGAUUUGGCUUUUUCCAAAAAUGACUGCUGCUGUCAUGUUCACUUUGAACUUGUUAGGAGAUGAAGUGCAACGGCUGAGCACGAUGCGUGAAAAAUGUGUUUAUUCUCUCUGUAAACUAGAGGAAAAUGACAUUUUUGAAUUGGGCCAAUUCGUUGCAGAAACUACCAGCGUGAACCUUACAAAGGCUAUCAAAAGGAAACCGAUAGACGACUCGUCCAAAAAUAUCAUUCAAGCGAAACACCUCAAACCCUCGGUUCCUAGGACUCCAAACUCCCAGCAAACAUCGCCUCAUCUAGUCCAAGCGGGAUCCUUAGGAGCUGUGACUUUCGGGCGAGACAUCAACGGGUUUUCUGUUUGUCCUGUUCUCGGGUGCUGCAAAUCAUUUGCAUACCAAAAAUUAGCGAAAAAACAUUACUCCAGGAAUCAUUUGGGAAUUGAAUUCAGUUGUCAAAUGUGCGCACAAAAGUUCAAUCGUAAGGAUAGUCUGAAGAGACAUGCUAUACAGAAACAUAGUUUGAACGAAAUCAUGGCCAAUGCAAUGUUGAACCAAUUUUGACAUGGAAAAUAUCAAGAGCAAAAAUCUCUCGAAUGUUUUGAGUUUCUCUCUUUCCUCGUUAGUUUUAGCCCGAUUUGAAUGUAUCUUAAUUUUUUUGUUUGUUAUUAUGUUGUCUGGAUAAGUUGAUUUUGAGUCAUUUAUGAUUAGUCUGGAGUUUCAUUUUGGAUUUUCAUAUUUAGUAUAUGUAAAAUUUUAUCGCUUUUGUUUCCAAAACUUUCGAGAAUUUCCCUCCUAAACUUGAAUGGCAAAUUCACGCAGUCAAGCCUGCAUAUUUUAUACUCAAAUCUGAUUGACUGGAAAUUAUUACU